GAUUAUUGGUUGCCGAUUGCGUCCCGCCUACAUUUCAGUUCACCCCUGAAGUUCAGUUCGGCUGUCCUUUGCGCAGCGCGUGAGAGUUGCAAGUGAAACAUGGCGGGUUUGUGUGCGCGUGGAGUGCGGUACAUUCUAACAGCUCCUUCUCUGUCGCGGAGGACACCGCGGCUCCUGUGUACAGCGGCGCAGCAGAAGAGUUCAGGAGGACCAGAAGAAGAAACCGCAGCUCAAAAACCGGAGCAGGGCGCAGCUGAGAAAGUGUUAGCCGAGGAGAAAGGCCAGCUAGAGGAUCAGCUGAAGGAAGUGACGGAUAAAUACAAGCGAGCGCUGGCUGAUACAGAGAACCUCAGACAGAGGAGUCAGAAGCUGGUAGAUGAUGCUAAACUUUAUGGAAUUCAGGCAUUCUGUAAAGACCUUCUUGAAGUGGCGGACAUCUUGGAGAAGGCAACUCAGAGCGUCCCAAAGGAGGAAGUGUCCUCGCAGAACCCUCACCUGAAGAACCUCUUCGAUGGGCUGGUGAUGACGCAGGUGCAGAUCCAGAAGGUCUUCACCAAGCACGGUCUGGUGAAACUGGAUCCUGUCGGGCUGAAGUUCGACCCGUACGAGCACGAGGCGCUGUUCCAUAUACCCUUCGAGGGCCAGGAGCCUGGCACCGUUGCCACGGUUACCAAAGUGGGCUACAAGCUGCACGGCCGCACGUUGCGACCUGCGCUCGUGGGCGUGGUUAAAGCUCCGUAAAAACCCAGUUUAGUCUGGCUCUGCUUUCCGGUUCCAUCCGGUUUGCCUGAACUCGACCUAAUCGUACGGACACUAGCGGACUGACGUGAAUUCUUCUAUAGAUAAUAUCACAGUUUAUGUCAUAACAAUGGAGGCUGAAGAUGGUGAGAGGGAAGAAAAUCUGUUUUUGUUCGUUCUGAUUGAGAAAGGGGGUGUGUCCAAAACAUGCCAUAUUAAGAUGUGAUGAAACCAGUGUUUCUGACGCUGCUGUUAAGAAUUGAAAAGAAAAAAACAACAACAAAGGGUCCAUGAAAAUGAUGAAAUCAGCUGUAUUAAUGUUCGUCCAUGACUUUGUAUCUAUAUUCAAAUAUUUAAAUGCCUUUUGUCCUGUC